GUGCGUCUUUACUUCCCAAACACACGGUGCUUGUAAACUGCUGUCAGUAGAUGUAGCUGUCGUCUUCUUCUAAUUAAAAAGGAAGCAGCUGUGGGAGGACAUUAUGAAGCGACGAAGGUUGUAUUUAGCUGAUUGUAUCUGCAGGAGAUUAUGAACAUGAAUGGUGUCGCAUCAACCACACAAAGCUGUUGUAUAUUUGAGUACACCUCCCUGAAUCCAUCUUCUAUCUUCCAUUCAAGCUGAUUAUUUCUCAUUGUCUCUUUUUAUCUCCGCUCCUCCAGAUGGACACGAGGAAACGUCUGGCCAAGAUCGUGUUGGUGUUCGUGGGCCUCUUCGCCCUGUGCUGGUUCCCCAACCACGUGCUCUACAUGUACCGCUCCUUCCACUACCAGCAGAUGGAUCUGUCCCUGGCUCACCUCAUCAUCACCUUGCUGGCCCGAGUCCUCAGCUUCUCCUCGUCCUGCGUCAACCCCUUCGCCCUCUACCUGCUCAGCGAGAGCUUCCGCCGGCACUUCAACAGUCAGCUGCAAUGCGUUCAAGGUUCCCCCCCCGAGCGCCACGCCAGCUACAUGCACAGCACCUCCCACAUCCGCCUCACCUCCAUCAAGAAGACCACGCCCAACGCCGCCAUCAUCGCUCCGGCAGCCAAUGGCAGCGCCAACAGACAGGAAGUGGCUCUGUGAGGUGGGAGGCUGCCAGUCUGUGUUUUUUUUAUCAGCUUCACGUCAUCCCGAGAGUUCUGCAAACACCGGACUCACCGGACUCCUGCCGCUCUGAGACCAGAGUGUUGGAUGGAUAGAGGAAAGCACCGGACUCGUACCGGUUGGAUGCUUGUACCAGCUGCUCCUUUCACACCGUACUGCUUCAUAUUCAUCCUUAACUUGGCAACCAAACAAAACCUGCCUCUUGGAAAUAUGUCUACGAGUUCAGACAUCACCGGGAACAGCAAAAAACCCAAACUGAAAAUGUUUCCAGCCACAAUGUUCGCUGACAGCAUCCAUCUUACUGAAGGCGUUGGAGGAAGUGAACAGUGCUUUGGCUGAGAGGACGGCCUCAGCACGGUGACCACAUUAGCACGGCUUGUUUCUCUGAAUGCUCAUCAUCGAUUGAUCCACAGAGAGAGAGAGACGGAGACUUCUUAUCUGCUGCCUCUGGAUAAGGAUGGGCAGACGCAGAGCAACGUCCACCUCUUAUCUGAGGACCAACGCUGGGACCACUGGUGGAUCUACGCUGGACUCUGGUCUCUCUCUGAACCGCUGCUGCUGCUUUGUUGGAGAUGAAGUGAACACAGUUGUAGCAGAUAACAAACUACCCAACGCCUCUUAAAGCAGAAUAUCUCCCAGUGUGGAGGGGAAACCUCUUUGUUAAUCACCAACGGUUGUGUCCGUGUCCUUGGCAGGAAGUCAGGCGUAUUCCCAGCGGGGGGGUCGGGCUCCUGCCGGGUCGUGCCUCGCCUCUGACUCUGUCUCACGGACAGGGUCAAGUACGGUGACCUCAGGAUUAUAUCUUUGCUUUCUGCAGACACUCUGGUGCACACUGGAAUGGGAUGCAGCCGAGUGUGAACAAGUCCAGAUUGAUGGCACUCAGCCAGAGAAGUGUGGGUUGCUGUGCUUUGGUACCAUCGAUCAUGAAUCAUCACGAGUAUUAUAGAGGACUUCCUUCUGCAUAGAAGUUACGCUGUACGCUUGGAUGGAAGAACUAAAAGGCUCUCCAGGUUACAUCAGCACGUAUUAGGAAUGAAUUAACAGCAAUCGUACCAAUAGUCUUUGUUAUUCUUCAUCAUCAUCAUCAUCAUCAUGAUGAUGAUGAUGAUGAUGAUGAUGAUGAUUCUUGCCUGUACUGUAAUUAUUACCAAAUUACACUGUAAAAGGUUGGAUGUUUGAGAUGGAGACAUUCGAUCAUAGACGAUGAGCCACACUUUCUCGGGUUAACUCUCAUUAUAAGACAUAUUCCUGCUACCGACACUUACCUUCAACCAAAGCAAAUCAAUAACAAUAAUACAUCACAUUUAUAGAAUGCUUUUCUUAGUUCUCAAAGAUGCUCUACAUAAUGUAGGUUACAAUAAAGAAGAGCAAACAAGCAGUGAAACUCUGGACUACAGGCAGGAGAAGAUAAGAAUACAAAGAGAGAGAAGGAAACACGCACUGGACGAAGGUGGACGAUGGUGAUGUGGUUGUGGUGGAGCGAGUGAUGAUGAUCUUUGGACUGAUUGCAGUUUCAGAAAGUGUCUUUUCAUGUUUUAAUGUCCAGUAAGUACUGAGGAGUGAUUGUGUUUAACUGUGACCUCUCUCACGGUAACAAGAUGAUCGACACGGCUCCAGCAUCUGGUGCUGCGAGAGCCCAAAGAAACCCGACCAAGCUCAGUGAACCUGCAGCAGUUCCUCUCAUAGUCGCUGAAGAAGCCGACGGCGUUCACAGCUUCCUGUUUGCAGCUCAGACGAGCGCUCGGUGUCGCUGCAUUAGCAUGAACAGGUGAUGAAGAGUGUGUUGUAUGUUCAAAACCACCACUUCAUAAUGUGACGGACUCAUGAUGACAUCUUGAUGUUGUUUUUGUCUUCUUUAAUAACGUUUGAUGUGUUUUUCAGUGUCAGGCACGUUUCACACAUCUGUGUUGGAAAAGUGUGCUUGAAUCUCAUAAACAUGCGUAAAACACACACUGCAGCAGUUUCCCCCGAACUCAAAUAGAAACAUAAAAAGGCUGAGGCAGGACAUGCUUCGGGCCCGUCUAACUACUGGUUGUCAGUCCGGGCUCUUAGCUCUUAAAUUAGGCGAUCAGGUGUCAGUGGAGCUGAAGUUACAGCCGGUAAGUGGCUGUCAAAGUGUCUGAACGCACCUGUUGGUGGCUGUCAAUAUGUCCACAGACAUCUGUGUGCUCCUCAGAACUCUGACGUGUCAUUAGCUCUGGGAGGUUGAAAAGCAAAGGAAGCUUUUUUAUUUUUAAUCGAGAUGGACUCACGAAAAGAGAGGACGGGUUCAGCGGUUCACUCAGAGACUUCGACACGA